AUGAGGGCUAUGGUCUUCAUCUCCAUUCAUCAGCUGUAUCCAUGUCCACCUCACCAAACACCUUUGGUGUGUGACAGUGAGGAAGCCACAGAUGAGACUGAUGGCCAGGAUAUCACAGCCAAGGAGAUGGCAAACCUCAAGGCAGAUGGUGGGGACACAGAGAUCCACCACACAUCAAACAGGCCAGAACAUGAACAACUGGAAAGGGCCAACAAUGAAAGGCUGGCCAGGAUUGUUGAGGUGAAAGCACUACCAAGCAUUGGAGCAUCCAGCUACCCCCAAACUCAGAGAACAGAGCUCAAAGGGGAGUGGGAUGGCAGGUGUGCAAGCAGUGGCACAGAUGUGCCACAACACUAUGUAGACAACCCCAGCAGCAACACAAAGGACACAGGUGGCAGCACAGAUACACUGCAACACAAUACAGGUGACCCUGGUCACCAUGCACAUGAGAGAAGCACACACAUGAGUGCCCAAGACCCACCAAUCAGUCUCCAGACACCAGCCAAACACCCACAGGAGGGAGUUGGCACUACAGCUGCUAAACAGCAUGCAGUGGGGGAGAUGAGCUGCAAGGAGUCAGAUGGGCAUGCUGAACCCAAGGUCAUGGCUGAGCAAUGCAAAUGUGAGGCUAUUGAGCCAGUGCCAGACCUAACUCUUCAAAUGGAAGCGCACACUGCCAAGAAUUUACUAUGA